CUGCCGCCGCUCCCCCGCUAUGGCGGCCCCCGGCGGGCUGGGCCGCUGCGUGGUCGCCUUCUGGCUGGCGCUGGCCUUCGACGCUUUAGGCUUGGCUGUGUUACUGGCCGGCGUGUUCGCCGACGUGUUCUUCUCUGACUUGCUCAUCUACGCGGGUGGCAUCGGCAUUUUCCUCAGUCUCAUUUGGUGGGUUUUCUGGUACGCGGGUAACCUGGAGGUGCCGCUGGAGGAGCUGCGCGACGACGUGGGGCUGGCACCACCUAAGGGUCGCGGGGACAGCUUGCUGCGGGACCUGGUGCACGGCCUCGGCCGUCGUCUCUCCUCAGCCUUCGCUCCCGCUUCGCGUUCCCGCGCUGCCGCCGCCGACCUGGAGCUGCAGUGUACUGGGGGCCCGCGGGGCCGCCCCACCGACUCCAGCAGAUCUGUUGAAGACACGACUGUCGAAGUUACUGCCUCAAAAAGUGGAGGAAGUGCUGCAAAUUAUGGAAAGAGAAUUCCCCACUCCAUGCAAUAG